CGUUUGUCCCUCAAAACGAUACACCAUCAAAAUCAUUUCGUCACACCCACCGGAACUCUUUACAGAUCAUUCACAUCGCACACAUACAUCCCUCUCUCUCUUUCUCUCUCAUCGAACCCUUUUUCAUUCUAGAGAUUCAAACCACAAAAGAAUAUAAAGAUAGAAGUGAUACACAAUUACACACACAAACACGCACAUACACAUAUAUAGGGAGAGAGAGAGUCGAAUUUUGGUAGUAUAUCUCAGUUGCAUUUCGUCAGCGAAUGGCGAGCGACGAAGAAACUCAAGAAACAGAGCUCAGCGACAAGCAGAAGAUAGAGAUUGCCAAAUGGUUCCUCCUCAACUCUCCUCCCGGCGAAAUCCAAUACGUCGCAAAGGACAUUAGAUCAGUUUUGAAUGACGAUAAUGUGUACAAUCUUGCGGCUUCUGAGGCAUUUCCACAACACAACAAAUCUCACAUGAUUCGCCUCGAAAUGCCUGGGAGAAUUGGUGAUGUGCUAAUCACAUCAUUUGGAGAGCUUGAUGAGCAUGAAUAUCUUGAUCCAAGGACUGCCCAAGUUGCUAUAGUGGACCAUGUUAAACAAGUUUGUAAAGAAGUGAGGCCAGCAAGUGAUGAGGAACUUCCAUCCCCAUAUAUUGAGGAAUAUCGAUGUGCUCUGGAUGCAGAAAUUGUCAAAUACGUUGGCGAAGCUUAUCCAAAAGGUGUAUGUACAGUUUAUUGUAUUGGUGGAAAAGAUAUUGAAGAACCAGGAUCUGAUUUUGAACUUGUCGUGGUGAUUUCUGCUGCUAGACAUAGCCCACAGAAUUUCUGCAACGGAAGUUGGCGCUCGAUAUGGAACAUUGAGUUUAAGGAUGACGUGCAAAUGGUGGAAGUAAGAGGCAAAAUGCAGGUUGGGGCCCAUUACUUUGAAGAAGGAAAUGUCCAGUUAGAUGCAAAACACGAAUGCAAAGAUUCAACUAUAUUUCAGUCCCCUGAUGAUUGUGCAAUUUCCAUAACCAACAUUAUUCGUCACCAUGAAACAGAGUAUCUAGCUUCUCUUCAGGUAUCCUAUUCAAAUUUGCCAGAUACUACUUUCAAGGACCUUCGAAGGAAGCUUCCAGUUACUCGUACCCUAUUCCCAUGGCAUAAUACCAUGCAAUUUAACGUGACUAGAGAUAUUUCGAAAGAGCUUGGAAUUGGAAAGUAAAAUACCAGCUUGAAGUACAUGGCAUGUUCUCUCAAGGAUUAAUUUCCUGUAUUGGUUUGCUGGUGUAUCAAAUGACAUGAAUGCUUGCCGUGUUUUAAUUGCUAUCAGAGUUUUUUCUUUUCCUCUUCUUUUUUUUUUCGGCCCCAGGGGGAGGGGGCGAUGGUUAUUGUUUUUUUUUUUGUUUUUUUUUUGUUUUCCUUCUUUUUGGGGGCUAAUUGGUUUAUGAAUUUAUAGUUUGUGGCCAUUUUUGUGAUUUAAGCUAUAUUCAUUAUAUACUGUAAAGAGCUGUAAAGGAGGAUGGGUCUCAUUUCCUUCUCUCUUUUUUACAUUUAAAAAAAAAAAAAUUUGGUGACUCCUGUUGACAUUUUAGAAAACACUCUGGUAUAAUCAGACGAUGGAAUGAGAUUUGGGAUUUGGUUGGCCUUGGUUAGUUUGAAUGAUUUGAGGUUAAUUUAGGUUCAUUGUAAACAACAAAAGCAAGAAGUGAGUGUGAAGAUGUAAGAGUUUGGUUCAUGAAUACAUUGUACUUGACCUAGCCAUGUUAAAUUUUUAUAUUUAUAUUCUCAUGA